CUCUGCGUACAGAAGCGACUCCCUCUACGCUCUUGUCGUACACGGCGCUAAUCAGAGACGUCGGUAGGAGGCCGAGUCGUUUGCUGAAAGGAUCAAACCCAAAACAAGGCUUGUACUUUUACCUUAUCGUUUGUAAAUAAGCGCCACUUUCAAAAGGAAUUCACCUUCAAAGACAACAGCUCAGCAUGGAGAUUCAGAAGUGAUAGGGUCUUUGUGACUUGAGGUGUGGGAGCGAGGCUGCUCCCUGAUUCCCCCCGGUGUUCCCCUGCCCCCCGCCCUCCUGGACGGCCCCGAAAUGACCACAGGGGAGUGUUGCCACCUCCCAGGCUCCCUGUGCGACUGCACUGGCAACGCUGCCCUGUCGAAAACCGUGGAGGAGGCUGACAACCGCCGGGCCCAAUACGUCACCCAGGUCACGGCCAAGGAUGGACGUCUACUAUCUACUGUUAUCAAAGCCCUAGGCAACCAGAGCGAUCGGCCAAUUUGUCGUAUCUGCCAUGAGGGUCAAGACGUGUGCAACAGCGAGGGGCUUCUCUCACCGUGCGACUGCACUGGCACGUUGGGCACGGUCCACAAGAGCUGCCUGGAGAAGUGGCUGUCCUCCUCUAACACCAGCUACUGUGAGCUGUGCCACACUGAGUUCACCAUUGAGCGCCGGCCCCGACCCCUCACAGAGGUAACAAAGUGGCUCAGGGACCCUGGCCCCCGGAAUGAGAAGCGCACCCUCUUCUGUGACAUGGUGUGCUUCCUGUUUAUAACGCCCCUGGCGGCCAUCUCUGGCUGGCUGUGUCUACGGGGCGCACAGGACCACCUGCACUUCAACAGUCGCCUGGAGGCAGUCGGCCUUAUCGCUCUGACCAUCGCACUCUUUACCAUCUAUGUCCUCUGGACUCUGGUCUCAUUCCGCUACCACUGUCAGUUGUACUCCGAGUGGAGACGAACCAAUCAGAAAGUCCGCUUGCUCAUUCCUGACACCAAGGGUGCACACUCUACCCAGCAUUCCUUGCUUUCCACAAAGCUGCUGAAAAAGACAGCUGACGAGACCAUAGUAUGAGAGACGUGGUGCAGGGGAACGUGGCCCGAUCGCGGUGGUAUUAGCCUGCUUCCGGUUCUUGAUGCAGCGUCGUCAACUAGAGCCGCGGCACUUUUGGAUGCAUUCUUUUCUAUUUAAUCCUUUUUAUCUAAAUAUGUGAGCACUUCAUUUAUUUUUUUGUUCAUCAGUCUCUUUUAAAUGUUUUUUGAGCCUUUAUAAGUGUGUUGUUUGAAGAAACCUUUUAUUUAUUUGGGGGCUUGAACAGCCAGGCUGAGGCCCCGUACCGUUCAGUAUGCAUUGUAUUUGAAACAAUCAGAAAUCUAACUUAUGUGUAUAGACAAUUCCUUUGAGCACAGCGGCGAGGGAUUACGACUCAAAUACAUAUGGCUGCUGAAGCUUAAAACCAAACCUUUCUUUCAUUUUUGAUGUAUUGUUUUUGUACUCAUCUACCUUCAAGUACUUUCCAUCCUAACCCGACGGAGUCGCUCCUAAGCGAAUCUCGCGAACUUAGUCCUUGCGAUUUAGUCGAUAUAAAUGUAUAAAUAUAUACACACUAAGUGAACGAGUAAGCUCUAAGCUUCAAUUGACGUGAGUAUUAUAGGGCCCUUUGUGCUUUGUGAGGUGGCCUGGGCAAUGAAUGUGGAGGCUGAUGUAUUUCUGCUGCGAUGUAGCGGACGUUCAAAAUGUAGGCAGUUGACGAAAAAAAAGUGCAAUAACACGCCGCCAUUGGCAUGAUUCUGCCGUGGACACGCGCAGGUUUUCAUGCAUGCCUAUUUCAUUUUGCAAAUCUCAUCAAAUUGGUGACUGUUCGCGUAUGAAUCGAAGGCUGUUUUUCCAAAUCCACACAACAUAAAACAGCACACGGUGGUUCUUAAGUCGUAGCACUUUCUGACAACGUAGCCUAGAUGUGAGCUGAUAAAAUGUAGAUACGUGUACGCUUUUGGGAUGCAAAUAUGUGGCAACUUUAUUUGUUGUUGUUGAGUUAGUGCAGAUGCAAACAGACCUCUACAGUUCAUUGUUCUGAAUCACUUUCAAAUGGCUCUAAUCAUUUUUUUUCCUUCAUUUUUUUGGUGAGUGUUUGAAGACGAAUGUGUAUGUGUGUUUACAGUAUGCAUUUUGUAAGCUCUGGCUCUUUUGUGCUGUUUAGUUAGUAUAAAUGGCUGAGGUUAAGGAUGGCAUACUUGGAAUUUUGUAGCAGUUUUUCUUGUGAAAGAUGCAGGUCAAGCCAGAGAAGGAAGAAGGAAUUGUGAGGUUAAACAUCAUUGCCAGACCAGUAAUAAAACCGUCGUCCAUGAAUGGCGCUACAGUAUCAAGUAAAGGCGUCAUUUAGCUGUGUCGUAUUUGUGCGAGAAUCUGCAGAACAGCGACCAUCUGAGCUUUUCAUUCCCUACCCUACGGUGACGUAAUGUGUAACUUGAGGGAAUGGUUCUUUGGGAUAUGCAGUGUUGUAAUUAAUUGCACAUUUGCCACUCCUAAAGUGGACUUUUUGCGCCUUAUGCACUUGCUGUGGAAGGUCUAGGUCUGAAAGUGUGCAAAUUGUUUGAGGCUUGAACUUUUGCCGGUAAAGGUCACUAAAGUAAUUGUUCACCUGAAAAUGUCCUUAUUUACUCACCUUCAUGUUGUUCCAAACAUGACUGCUGAUGUCUUAAUCGUUGAGGAAUCAUGUCUGUACAACGACAAAUUGUAUUGACCUUGUCUUUCAAGCUUCAAUAUCACAAUGAAAGCAGAUCAUACAAACCAUGUGCUCCAAGUCCAUAUGAUUAAAGAGGUAAUCUUCCCUGAAGCUCUGAAAUCUGAUUUGCCAUGCCUAGUUUAUUUUUGAAUGUUUUCCAGUGUAUUACAGCUUAAAAUUAGGCUUUUGUAUGACUUCAGUAGAGUUGGAAUAUAGUGGGCACAUGGACUUUUUUUGUUUUUUUACCAAUCUGGAAAACUGGUGUGAGACAUUCUGGUGAAAAUUCAUCAGAAAUCUUAUAUCACAUAAAAAAAAAAACAGCAUGCGAGUUUGGAACGACAUGACGUGAGUAAAUAAUGACAGAGUUGAACUGUUUCUUUAAGGCUAGUAAAAUGAGCUACCUAGAAUAUGUAGGUCCAUGAAUUCUUUUAUUGUAAAUUCUGAUGUGUCUCAAUUGUAAAUGUGUAGAUAAACUGAUGUCUCUGUUAUUAAGAAGUGUUGUGUGCUGUAGGUCCAGGGUUGUGUGUGUGUGUGUGUGUGUGUGUGUGUGUGUGUGUGUGUGUGUGUGUGUGUGUGUGUGUGUGUGUGUGUGUGUGUGUGUGUGUGGAGCAGACAGGCCCAUGAAUGUCUGGAUUAUUUGCUGACCGCUUUUUUUUUUUUUAAAGGACGCAGCUGAUCAGCCUGUGAUUAGACACUUGUAGUUAAUGCGGCGGAGCGGCGCUGACAAAGUUCAGUGCCAAAAACAAGUGAGUUUGAAACCAAAAGGUGCUUCUGUAGUUGGAAAUUCAAACAUGCAAAAGGUUUUUCCCUCAAAUUCAUCCAACACCCCGUCUCUCGAGCUCAUUUUGGUUUGGGGAAUGGGAGGGAAACGUUUUCCUCUUUAAAUGUUUUUUUUUUUUUUUUUUUUUUAGUAAGGGGAAAAAGUUGUGCAAUAGAUUCACGAACAAAAUGGCAUUAUUUGUUAAUUAUUUUGUUAUUUUUAAAGGGUUUUAGGAAUAAUCCAUCAUCAUCGUUGUCUUUCCCAUUGCUCAGUGUUUUCGGAAGGUAGUUGCUCUUUUGUGCUGGUUUGAACCAUUAUUUCAAACCAAAGAGGUUUAACUAGUGGUCUUGGAUCACCAAGGACAGGCAACUUUACCAGCUUACUGCUAACUUGAACAAUGCUGUCUCAUUGUUGUGCUUCCACCUGCUUUCUUCCUUUUUGGGCCAUUCCCUGGUUAUUUUGCAAUGUAGGGUUAUACAUCAAGAGUGCAAUUUCAGAAAUAUUACAAUGCAAUUCUUACCUAUAACCUUAACAAUACCUGUAUGAUAUAAACAUAGAUGUAGAUGUUGUUGCAUAUGAAGGACUUUAGGAGGAGAGGGACAAUGUUGAACUCAUAAUUUUAUUUUUAUUAACUUGCAGUGGAUGCCAAUGAGCUGGCCACAAUAUGCAACCCUGCAAGAGCAGUUCAGCAGCUCGGAUGAUGUUGUUAAUAAAACCGAAACCAUCUGUUCCUCCAAUGCAUGCUUUCUUAUUUAAAUACAAUGGCACUUUCACUAAUUUAUAAUGGAAAUGCGGUUUCUGUUGUAAAUUUCUGAGGGGGGGUUUAACUUGUGUUGCAGUUUUAAAAAGGAGACAUUUCCAAAGCUGAAUUGUAAACAUGUUCACAUAGUUUGAUUCAUUUGAAAUAUUUCUAAUUUUGCCAGUGUGUGUUUUAAUGUAUUCAUACUGUGUAUCAUUUUGCUUCUGUUUGUUUUCAUUUGUUCAUCGAGCACAGGAUUUUUAUCACUCUGAACUUUUGAAAUACUACAAUGUUUAUGUUGUGCAGUGGCUAAGAGAAAGAUGUCUGUAAUGUCCUCACCAAAAUAUGUUGGUGCUUUAAAUCAGCCAAGAAAGUGUGCAAAGCAAAUUAAAAAUGAUGCUCUGGAUCUGAUAA